UAAGUAAAUAGUGCCGACAAAAGCAUAUGUUAUGAAGGAGCUGAGGACUUCGCAAUUCCGAGAUCCUGCUUCUAUUUGUGAAGAUUUUGACAAUCGUCUUGUAAAUCAUUUUGUACAAGAAUUCAAAAGUAAAUUUAACAAAGUCAUUUCAUCCAAUACAUAUGCUAUCCGUCGUUUAAGAACGGCAUGUGAACAUGCAAAACGUUGA